CCCCUCUCUCCUCUACAUGUGAGAUGAAUACAUCACCUAGAACCUUAAACCCUUCCUUUAUCCACCUGGAAUAUCACUCGUUUAUAAUCGAUGACUUGGAGACAGGCAUUGGCCAAUUUUUCCGUGGAGAGCUCGGUAUUCGGUUUCUUAGUGUCUAUCCGUCGAGAAACAUCACUCGAGUGAAAUUCCUAACCUUACAUCUUAUGCCUGAGCUGGAGGUCGAACUACUUGUUGAGCUUGUGAUAGCCACUCUCAUGAGAAAACAAGGGGUGCUCCAAUUUCACUGCGAAAAACUGAGUCGGGCUAAUAGCAGAGAGUAUCGCUUCUUCACUUUCUGUGGCACUUUAUGGGGAAAUAUGUGCCUCGACACAUACACUCCUCAGGGGGUUGACAGCAAGCAUUCCAACUUCCUCCUUAUAUACCAAGCGGAGGUUUCUAUGAACCGGUACCCCAUAGAUGUGGACCCCAAUGCUGAGGAAUUCAAGUCGGAAAACACAGGACGUAUGGCAAUAUUUGAAAUGGAAAAGGAAGCAGUUAACCGUGUGUACCGCAACCCAUAUGUAGGUGAAGACGCUAUCCCUUGUCUAUUCCUGGGUGAAGUUGCGCACAACAAGCAGAACCAAUCUGGCGUGAAUUGGGAGUAUUCCCGCCGCUCCUUUCUGAUACCACCACAGCCUCUGACUCCGUUUCAUCCCCAGAAUAUACUUUAUCCCCAAACUCCAUUUCAUCGCCAGGCCCCAAUUCAUCGCCAGGCCUCAAUUCAUUCCCGGGCUCCACCUUAUAUUCAACCACUUCAUUCCCAGGCCCCCCUUUAUCCCCGAGCCCCACUCCAUUCCCAAGCACCACUUCAUUCCCUGGCACCACUUCAUUCUCAGGCGCCACUUCAUUCCCAGGCACCGCUUCAUUCCCAGGCACCGCUUCAUUCUCAGGCACCGCUUCAUUCUCAGGCACCGCUUCAUUCCCAGGCCUCAUUCAACCCCCAAGGCACUCCUCCGGUCAUAACCCCCACCAUCUACGCCCAGCAAGUGGUGGGAAUGAGGUUAGUGACGGAUAUCAACGAAGUACCCGUCCUUAAACCCAAUGCUGAAGCACCUGAUCUGGACCCUCCCGUUGAUGGGAGUAGCCCCGGGGUGAUACCUCCUAGUCACCAGCCUAAGUCAGAUAUUACUACUAGUCAGACCAAUGUCUUUACAGGGCCCAAUCUCCAGAAUUACUCCAUCCAUCGUCCCCCUAUUGUUGAGCCGAAACUACAAAACACACAAGAUACAAGGUUCACCGGUGUUCAGAUAGUUGGAGAUCGCCCAGUUAUGCCCCUGAUAACUCCCGACGAGAGAGCUAUAGGCCUUCAGGUACCUACCCUAAGUCGCAUAAAGCCCUCGAAAUAAUGCGGUCAUCACCAGGACCCACUUGAAGUCACCGACAAUAAUUUCACUCAUUGCAGAGUCAUGAAUAUCGGAAAUAUUAUGAGACAGCUGAUAAAUAUGAUUCUAAAAGUCUCAAAGAGGCAGAGGAACACUGGGGAAAUGUUUUUUUGCCGUUCAACCUUGAGUAUAAUUACCAAACUGUAGCUCACAACGCUUCGAAAUACGAUUUGACAAUAAAUUAGUUCAGACAAUUGUGAAUCCAUUGCGCGUUAUACG